AUGGGACGCAGUGCAAAGGUGCAUAAACGCACGAAGAAGACCGUCUCCAGUACCUCAGCUGCGGCUUCAGCCCCGAUUCCUCCUCACAAGGUCAAACAAACAGCGUUAGGUGCAGCGCCGCAGGAGCAGAAGAAGCGUGCGGGCCUGAAAGCGAAGGCGAAGGGCGCGAGCAAGCGUAGGGGCGAUGAAGGGCCUAUCCUCGGGGGUGCGGACUAUGUUGAGCUCAUGCUAGGCGGUCGGAGGAGGGCGAUGGACGAGGCGGGGAAGUUGUCGGGGAAGGAGUAG